ACAAGAGUUUUGAAAAUGGGUAUUCAGUUGGAGAAUUUUGUGGAGUCGAUAAAGUCGAAGGUGAGAAAAUUGAAGAAAUUGAAGAAGCCAUAUAUCAAGAUGGACAAAAGUUCGAGUGUCAAGGUUGAGAUUCGCAGCAAGAAAGCUCGUAAGCUUGUCGAGAAAACUCUUCAAGCGGCUGAUCGUCCUGGCAAGCGUAGCCUUUAAUAUUUACCCAUAGUUUUAUUUAUAUGCUGCCAUGGAUUAUAUAUUAAUUUCACAUUCACCAACAAAGCAGAGGUAAAUUCAGAAUUUAGAGAUAUUGGGUUCAAAAUAGUUGUAUUUGAUUAUAUACAUUUUACUUAACUUUUUCGUUCACUCUGUUCAUCAUCGAUCGGAAAAGU